CUUGGAUUUAGCUUGAACCCACAUGAGUGAUAUGAAUAACACGCUGGACGAAAUACACACUUCCAGAGGUCUCGGAGAGAAAGCAGAGAUUUUUCAGAGUGGCAGGAGUAAUGUGAGUGGUUUCCCCAGCCCAACCCUCAUCCCUCUGCAAGCUCCUUUGCUGACACCAAAUGCCCAGAAGACCGGGAUUACGCUGUGCAAGGGGAACAGUGCAUCUGUGUGCAGCACUUUCUCUAUGAGAAGGGGGAUAUUGGUGGUUCAGUAUCUUGCUCAAAGACACUUCAGCAUGCAGAAUGGGGGAGACUGGAAUCGAAUCACCAGCCUUCCUGUUAGAGGAUGACCGCUCUAACCCCCUGAGCAGCAGCAAUGACAUGCUAAAGAAGUAAAGAACAAACUAUGAAUUACUACAACUCACAGGGUGGAAUGAUGCAUCGUGGUUGUAAAAGGAGCAAUAAAGAGGAAGAGGAGUCUUUCUCUUCUCCUGUUCCAAACCCUUUUCCUGAGCUUAUCCCCUCAACCCUCCCCCACUUUGUCUCUGAAUGUUUGUUGCCGUGGACCAAAAGCAGUGCAACUCAGGUAAUCAAAGUUUAUAAUGAAGACAACACCAGCAGAGCAGUAGAAGUUCCCAGUGACAUCACUGCCCGCGACAUAUGCCAGCUGUUCGUCCUGAAGAACCACUGCAUCGAUGACCACAGCUGGACCCUGUUUGAACACCUCUCACAUCUAGGAAUAGAGAGAACCAUUGAAGACCAUGAGUCCGUCAUAGAGGUGCUGUCAGGCUGGGGGCUGGACACAGACAGCAGGCUGUAUUUUAGGAAGAAUUAUGCUAAAUAUGAAUUCUUCAGGAAACCUCUGGAGUUUUUCCCGGAUCACAUGGUCUCCAUAUCCAGUGAAACCAAUGGGAUGGUGGAUCACUCUCAGCUUAUACAGACUUUCCUCAACUCCAGCACUUGUCCGGAGAUACACGGGCACCUUCAUGCCAAAGAGAUAAGCAGGAAAUCUUGGAAGAAGUUUUAUUUUGUCCUGCGGAGGUCUGGGCUUUAUUUUUCCAAUAAGGGAACGUCCAAGGAACCAAGGCAUCUCCAGUUCAUUGCCGACUUUAGCGACUGUGAUGUUUUCUCCGUCCUGUCAGCAAAAAAACUGCACGGAGCGCCCACAGAUUACGGCUUCUGCGUCAAGUCCGCAAAGUGUAGCUCAGCGCGGGACUUGAAGCUGUUCUGUGCGGAUGAUGAGCCGACCAGGACCUGCUGGAUCACGGCCAUGCGCUUGUUAAAGUAUGGGAUGCAGCUGUACCAAAACUUCAUUCAGCCACACCAGAAACAAAAAGCCUCACCAAUGAGAAGCAUCUCUGAGAACUCGCUGGUGGCCAUGGAUUUUUCCGGCCAGAAGAGCCGCGUCAUCGAGAACCCGUCUGAGGCGUUGUCUGUGGCUGUAGCGGAGGGUCUGUCAUGGAGGAGGAAAAGCUGUCAUCGUCUGAGCAGUCAUGGGAGCCCCUCGACAUCACUGAGUUCAAUGUCAAACAUAGUGCUGCACAUGGCUCAGCCGUGGUUCCACAGCAAACUGUCGAGGGAUGAGGCUCAGCGUCUUAUCACUCAACAGGGUCUCGUCGAUGGAGUGUUUCUUCUAAGGGACAGCCAAAGCAACCCCAAGACAUUUGUACUGUCGUUGUGCCACAUGCAGAAAGUCAAACACUUUCAGAUCUUACCUGUGGACGCUGAAGGGGAGUUAUUCUACAGCCUGGACGAUGGUCACACACAAUUCACAGACUUGAUCCAGUUGGUGGAGUUUUAUCAGCUGAACCGCGGGGUGCUGCCCUGCAAGCUCAAGCACCACUGUGCCCGGAUCACCCUGUGAGCGAGGGGAACCAGGAGACCCCUGAGGGCCCGCGUGCACAUUUUUAAACUCCAGGGCCUUUCUGGACAGACACUCCCAGCGCUCUUGUGCCUUGAAACAGAAAGAUACAGUCCAAUCAAUAAGUAAACAGCCAUGUUAACUGAAACCACAGUUUUCACACUGUGGUACAUGGUCUGUCUUGUUUUUCUUUUGCAGAAAAAGCUGAAUCUGAUAAUAGACUUUAUCAUAAUGACCCUUUGGGCCUGUAAUGUUUCCAUGUGUGGGGACGUCUUGUCCUGUAUAAUGUAAAGCAGCAACAUCAUGACGGCAAUGAUAAAAAGUGUAGCUGGAAUUUGAGUUUUCACUGAAAACAUUGACACAUAAUGUCGACUGCAGUGCGUAUAGCUGUCAGUUAUAGUCUGUCAAAGCUAAUGAUGGUUGAAUCCCAACAAAGGACUACAAGAAGUGUUUAUUUGCAAACAUGUUGUGCUGGGAAUUGUAGUCCACAACACCUCCGCCUUGUUAAAUCUGAGUAAAACUAAGCUCGUACUGGUACUAAUCGUACUUUUCACUGUCAUUGCAUCUCUCUGAUUAUUCAGGUAUUUUUUGUAAGAAAAUGAUUGUUUUCUAUUCGAGAGAUAAAAUGACGUCUCAGGAAGAGUCACUCUGAAUGCCGGGCUGAGACUGCUGAGAGAGAAACAGGAGGUGAAGUAGAGACGGAGAGGCGGCACAUGACCUCGCCAUUGAUUUUAAACGUAUGUGAUUAAAUGAAAUGUUUAUCAGGUGAAAUUAGUGGUGAGCUCUCUAAAGAGUGACAUAUUUCACCAAUUUUAGACAUAAGCCAUUAAGAUGAAAAUCCGACAUUUUACUGUACGACUGAUUUUUGAUCCUAUCCGGAUUCAGUGUAUAUUGAAAUUAAGCUUUUAUAUUUUCCAAAGAUACAGGUAUUAAGUUUGCAGAACCUGGGUAGGUCGUACUGUGAUGUUAAUACCACUGAUGUGGGUAUCCAGCGUCAGACUGUGUUUUGAUUUUGAAAAGCUGUGGACAUGAUUGAAGUCACCAUGUUGUGCUUGUUGUUUCUUUUCUUUUUUUGACAACAGUGCAUUGAACAAUGAAUGUUCAUAUAUAAAAACACAGUCUGUUUGUAAA